CUUGCGUCGUCCGGGAGGCUGUUUGUUGUUGAUGGGGAGGUUUUGUCUGUUUUUGGUGACUGUUUCCCGGGGUUUGGGGACGGAGCGGCGAGGACAGUAAGGCAGGCCCACGUACGCCUCUGCGAUCUAGGGGAGGGUCAGCUAAGCCUUCUGGACCCGUCGCGUGAUCCUGCAUUCUCCGCGGUGCGAUGGCGGCGCUCUUGACCCCGGCGCAGGUGGUGGUGACCUUCAAGGAUGUGGCCGUAACCUUCACUCGGGAGGAGUGGGGACAGCUUGACCUGGACCAGAGGACCCUGUUCCGGGAGGUGAUGCUGGAGACCUGCGGGCUCCUGGUCUCCCUGGGGCACCCAGUUCCCAAACCAGAGCUGACCCACCUGCUGGAGCACGGGCAGAAGCUGUGGACAGGAGCCAGAGGCCUCCCGCAUGGCACCAGCCCAGGUGACAGAGCAAAAUGUCAGACCAGAGAGCCAAGCAGUUCUCACCUGGUUUUAUCUGAGGAAGCCUUGCUCCGGGGAAGCCUGACUCUGGGAUCUUCCUGGGACUCCAGGUUGGGGCGAGCUGGGGCUCCACAAGGGCUCUUGGAAAUGCAGAGAGGUCCAGAGAGGCCAGAGAUGGAUGCUGGCAAGGAGGCCCAUCCUGGGAAGACGAGCCUUGAGGAUGAUGGUUUAGGGGCAGGUGAUGGUCUGCACUCAGGGGCGUUCCAGGAGAGAAUUUCUCGGGGGGAUUUUCUCCACCAACGUGAGCCACAGCGACCUGGAAAAGGUACCCCCCUUCAUCACCUCUAUAAGUGUAAGCAGUGCGGGAAGGCUUUCAGCAGGAAGUGGUACCUCGUGCGCCACCAGCGGAUUCACACGGGCAUGAAGCCCUACGAGUGCAACGCGUGUGGGAAAGCCUUCAGCCAGAGCUCCACGCUGGCCCGCCACUACCUCAUCCACACCGGGGAGAAGCCGUACAAGUGCGCCGAGUGCGGCAAGGCCUUCAAGCGCAGGUCCUACCUCCUGCAGCACCAGCCGGUGCACACGGGCGAGAAGCCCUACGAGUGCAGCCAGUGUCGCAAGGCCUUCACCCACCGCUCCACCUUCAUCCGCCACCACCGCACCCACUCCGGCGAAAAACCCUUCGCAUGCAAAGAGUGUGAGAAGUCGUUCAGCAACCGAGCGCACCUCAUCCAGCACUACGUCAUCCACACUGGGGAGAAGCCCUACGAGUGCGCAGAGUGCGCCAAGGCCUUCCGCUGCAGCUCGGAGCUGCUGCAGCACCAGCGGGUCCACACCGGCGAGAAGCCCUACGCCUGCUCCCAGUGCGGGAAGGCCUUCCACCGGAGCACCUACCUCCUGCAGCACUCGGUCAUCCACACCGCGGAGACACCGUUCAAGUGCUCCCAGUGCGGCAAGGCCUUCAAGCGCAGGUCCCACCUCCUGCAGCACCAGCGGGUGCACACUUGAGAAGGCGGCCUUCACCCGCCGCUCGCCCUUGGUCUUUAAGGAGGAGAUCCAGGCUGGAGGGGAAAAGUUCUUCCCAGCAAAGAACACUGGAGAAGGCUCUUUUGGGCCCCUCUUCAAACCCACAGAUGGUCACAUGGGAGAGACGCCUGUGAAUGCAGUAAAUAUCGGGAGGCCUCAGCCCCCAACCAUGGGAGGAGUCAGGCUGCAGAGGAGCUCAGUGAGAGGCCACGUCACCCAUGGGUCCACCUCUGUCAACCUCAGAGCACACUCCGGGGAGGGACAGCCUGCAGAUAACCUGAGCUAAAAGAGAAGGGUCUUCUGCCACCUGAGAUGGUGCAGUGAAGAGGAACCAGGUAGUUAUCGCCUUGAGAAAGCCUUCUGUGUCAGGUCAUCCACCACUUGUCACAUUAGGGCCACAUCAGAACCUCAUGGAGCUCGUGCUUUUCCUGUGAGGAAGCAGAGAGGGGACAGACUCGGGUGUUUUCACUUAUGACGACCUCCGGCCACAGGGCUCCCUUGGGUUUGCACUUAAGAGGCCAUCUCAGCAUUAUGUUUAAAAGGAAAAUAACAAGGGAACUCCCGUGUGGUCCAGGGGUUGGGAUUCUGUGCUCUCACUGCUCAGGGCCUGGGUUCAGUCCCCGGUCAGAGAACUAACAUCCUGCAAGCCCCACAGUGUGGGGAAAAAGAAAAAUAGCAAGGAGGUGGAGGGGAUGAAGAUGAAGACUAUAAACAUGAAAAGUGAAAGUGUUGGUCACUUAGUUGUGUCAGACUCUUUGUGACCCCAUGGACUUUAGCUCGCCAGGCCUCUCUGUCCAUAGAAUUCUCCAGACAAGAAUACUGGAGCAGGUAGCCAUUCCCUUCUCCAGGGGAUCUUCCUGACCCAGGGAUUCAACCCAGAUCUCCUGCAUUGCAGGCAGAUUCUUUCCCGUCUGAGCCACUAGGGAAGCACAAACGCAUAAAUAACAAAAAUGGUUUUGCAAGCUCUUUCAUACUUUCCUGCCAAGGCUCCUCCUGUUUUUCAUCAGUUCUAUUUUUGAGGGGCAGUAUUGGAGAGAAAAAAUUGCAGCCCUUUAUUUUUAUAUGUUCACUGCUGUCCCCACCCAUUAGGAGCUUAAUUAUUUGUGAGAAAUAUGAAGGCUUGAGUCAUGAGCUACUUGAACUAGUAAGAAAUUGGAAUACUAAAAAUAACAUUACACAGUAUAUUUUAUAUUUAAGGAGAGAAUGGUCCACAUAAGGAUCACCACAUUAAAAUCUGCACCCCAAAGGCUGUUGAAUUUUUUUUUUAAUAAGUAAACUUGUUUGUCUACUUUUUUUUUUUUUUUGUUUGUCUACUUUUAAAUGCCCAAUACUCUCACUCUUCUUCUGUUUUUAAGUUUAAAAAGAAGUACAUUUAUUAACAUAUGCACACAUUUUUCAAAAAUAGCAACAGUUAGGAUAUUUAGGGAAAUUCACUCCAAAAUUCAACAAACCUCAGUGAAAAGAAGUUGCAUGCAAAUCAAUUACUUGAAGCUAUUAAUUGACUGCAUUUUCAGUCUUCAACGGGGUCUUUUUAAGGAUGUUUAGCAAUGUGGAAGAUGAAUCAAUCCACAUCACUUAGGGGCUUUAUUUUUAUUGGAAUAUAGUUGAUUUUCAAUGUUGUGUUUCAGAUGUACAGCAAAGUGAUUUAGUUAUUCAUAUACAUUCAUUCUUUUUCAGAUUAUUUUCCCUUGCAGGUUAUUACAAAAUAUUGAAUAUAGCUCCUUGUGCUAUACAAUAGGUCAUUCUUGGUUAUCUAUUUUAUAUACAGUAGUUUGUAUAUCUUAAUUCUAAUCUCCCAAUUUAUCUUCCCUCCGCCAACUCUCACUCUUUUAAAAAAAAUUUUUUUUUUAAUUGGAGGAUAAUUGCUUUACAAUAUUGAGUUUGUUUCUGCCAUAGAUCAACAUGAAUUAGCCAUAGGUAUACAUAUGUCCCCUCCAUCUUGAACCUCUCUCCCACUUCCUACCACAUCGCUCUUUCUUGAUUCCUUUCUUAGGUGGGUUUUUUUUUUUUUUUUUUUUUUUUACAUGUAUUCCCCAUCCCGGUCCCCCCUCCCAUCUCCCUCUCCACCCGAUUCCUCUGGGUCUUCCCAGUGCACCAGGCCCGAGCACUUGUCUCAUACAUCCAGCCUGGGCUGGUGAUCUGUUUCACCAUAGAUAGUAUACAUGCUGUUCUUUUAGGUGGGUUUUUUUUUAAUUGUUCAUUUUUCACUUAGAUGCCUGAAUCACUGUUCUGGGCACUUGAAAGGCAUCAUUGAACAAAACAAGUUGAAAAAAGAAAAAAAUCUUGCCCUGCAGAGUUAACAUAAACAGCAUAAUAAAUAAACUAUAUAAAAAAACUUGAUGAUUGUAAGUAUCUCUGUAUAUACUUUGUAUAUACUCUGUAUAUACUUUCAGAAAAAGUAUAUCUUUUUCUGAAGGAAAAAACUGGAGUAGGGUAAGUUGAAUCAUACACACCAAGCUAUGAGGGGAUAAGGACAGGUCAUAAUUGUAAAUCAAAUAAAGUUGGGACAUCUUCAAGAAGGUGGCUUUUAUACAAAGACUUGGAAGAGAAGGCACUGGCUCUGUGGGUAUCAGGAGAAAUUCUCUCCAAAUAGAGGGAAUGUCCAGUUCAAGGGCUUUGUGGCUGGAAUAUAUGAGGCAGAAUAUAUUCCAGAAUAUGUGGCUGGAAUGUUUGAGGCAGAUCAAGGAGGUCAUGGAGCUGAAUCAGUGAUGAAGAGGGAAUAACAGGAGAUUAUUUCAGAGAGGAUUGGGGAUUUGUUUGCAGGCAAACACUGCAUAACACUAUGAGGGUCUUGGCUUUGACUCUAAAUGAAGUGGGGAGACAUUGCAGGAUUUGAAACAGAAAUGGCUUCAUCUGCGACGUCUCUGAAGGGCCACACUGGCUGAUGUAUUGAAUGUAACCAUAUCGGCGUGUUUGUUUUAUUAUCUCUUGACAGCAAGGUGAUCAUCCUGUACAGGUGUGGCCUUCUGAGCUGAGUACUAGUGUUUUCCUCUUUUUGCUG